CCCUCCCCUCUUGGGGGUUCAGAACCCCUAAAACUAAACCCUAAAUUGAACGAUUUCUAUUGGUUUUAGCAGCGUUGAUCUCUCUAGGGCUUGCUAUUACUUCUCAUACACAUCGUUAUUGGUGGUUUUGUGUGAUGAAAAUGUUCUAUUGCUUAUAUGAACUUGGAUGAUUUGCUUUUAAAUCUAUCAUGAAUAUUAGUCUGCAUUUUUUGAGCACAUAGACUGAAGAGAAAUCUAUGUUUUGAGGGCCUUCCCUUAUUAUGGAUUCACCUGAAGGUGUUCAGAGUUAUACAAAACGGGAAAUAGAGGAUGGUUUAGAUAUGCAGAUUGAUAGAGCCAGAGAUACUGAGGAAUGGGAGGGAGAUGAUAAGAGGAAGCAAAUGUCAAGCAAGUCAAGAAAGCCUGGGAAUGGAGAAGAAGCUGAAGGAUUAGAUGGCAGUGGAAAGAGGAGAAACACUGGGGAUAGAAAUGAGAGACGAAAGAGGUCUGGUGGCUCAAGCAAAGCAGACAGUGAUGAAGACGAUCACCAAGCAAGAAAAGAAUCACGUUCCAAGCAGAUGAAGAAGCAACAAGAGGAGAACACUUUGGAGAAAUUAAGUAGUUGGUAUCAGGAUGGAGAACAAGAAAAUAAACCUGAUGGUGGAGAGAGGUCUGCAAGUCGAGGACAUAGUCGAGGUGAUGAAAGUGAGAGAAGGAAAUCGACCUUAAAGUUCUCAGAUCAGGACUCGUCACACAGUAUUAAAGGCAAAGAUGAUAGAUCACAUGACAAGGAGCUCGAGAAGGCACUGAAAAGAGACUCCUUACAUGUGGAAAGGAGGGAAACCAAUCGGGAAAAGGAUCAUGGAUCUUCUGGUGAGGGGAGAAGCCUAAGGAGAAGAUGGGAUGAAUCAGAUGCCGCCAAGAAAACUGAAGAAAGUAUCCCUGAGGAAAAAUGUGAUAUGAGAAGUGGGAAGUCUUCUGAUCUCAGUCGUGGGAAUGCUGGAGAAAGAAGUGUAUCCACAACAAUUGAUUUGAGUGACAGCAAAAACAGAGGUUUAGAUUCAUAUAGUGUCAAGGGUUUGAAAUCCUACGAUAGGGAAGAGAGAAGGAUUGACUCUGAGAGGAGUAAGAGCAAAGGAAGGACAGAGGCUCCAGAAGAAGACAAUGCGGGAAGUUCUUUGACUCGUGAAGAAAGAUCAGGCAAGGAUAGAAUUGAGAAGCACAGACAGCAGAGAAGCAACGAUGUUGUUGAAAUUCAUGAGAGGUCUUUUAAUACUGAUGACGAUGGUAGUUGGAUGAGAGACAAAAGUAGAAGAGAAGCAGACCACUCUAACAGAUCCAAGACCCCUGAGAGGAGUGGAAGGCGUAAUCAUGAAUCAGAAAACUUCGAGAUGGAUUCUGAAAGAGGCGUUACAUUUAAACGAAAGGAAUUAGAAAAAGAUGGAUAUAGGGAUGAUAGAUCAAAAGGAAGAGAUUAUAGCUUGAGUGACAGGAAGAGAGACCAGGAAGAUUCCAAAGAUAACUGGAAAAGAAGGCAACCCAGCAAUGAUAAGGAGUCAAAAGAUGGGGAUAUGGCUUAUGAUCAUGGCAGAGAAUGGGAGUUGCAGAGACAUGGUCGUGAUAGGACUGAUAAUGAAAGGCCUCAGGGUCGUUCUGGAGGUAGAAAAGAUGCAAGCAGGACAGAAGCUGUGAAAACUUCGUCAAAUUAUGGAAUUUCAAACGAGAAUUAUGAUGUGAUAGAGAUCCAAACCAAGCCCUUUGAUUAUAGAAGAGAGGAAUCCAGAUCCACCUUCUCCAUGAGAACCGAAGCUGCUCAGCAAUCUGAUACAAAAUUGGCACCAAAUGAUGAGUGGACAUAUCUGCGGGAGGACAUAGCGAGAAAGAUUGAUACAUACGGAUCUGGGCAAUUUGGUGAUGAUUCGAAGGAUAGAUUUUUGGAUGAUGUUACUUCCAUGCGAGAUCAGAAUUCUUGGAGGGAUGAAACCAGAGGCCAGAAAGGUGUUAUGUCCAAUCGUGCUGGUGGUGGCCAAAGUUCUAGUAGUGGUUCACACGCUCCACAUGGAAAUCAGGAACCAGGUUCCUUCAACAGACCUGUUUCACAAGGAGCUAAAGGGAGAGUUGGAAGGGGAGGAAGGCUUAGGCCUACUGGUAGAGACAGCCAACCGUUUAGUAUUCCAGUGCCCAUGAUGGGAUCACCUUUUGGACCACUUGGAAUGCCGCCACCUGGACCAAUGCAACCUUUGACUCCCAGCAUGUCUCCUGGUCCGGGUCCUCCAAUUUCUCCUGGUGUUUUUAUUCCACCAUUUUCACCACAAGUUGUUUGGCCUGGACCUCGAGGUGUUGAAAUGAAUAUGUUAGCUGUCCCCCCAGGUCUCUCACCUGUUCCUACUGGACCACCAGGGCCAAGAUUUUCGCCUAAUACGGGGAUCCAACCAAAUACCGCUAUGUAUUUUAAUCAGCUGGGCCCCGGAAGAGGAGCACCCUCAAAUAUAUCUGCCCCUGGUGUUAAUGCUAUAAUACCCGCUGGGCGAGGACAGCCACAGGAUAAAGCUUCUGGGAGUUGGGUUCCUCCUAGAACUAGUGGACCCCCUGGUAAAGCUCCUUCUAGAGGAGAGCAGAAUGAUUACUCCCAAAAUUUUGUUGACACUGGUUUUCGCCCUCAGAAUUUCAUCAGGGAACUAGAGCUCACUGCUGUUGUGGAAGACUACCCCAAGCUUAGGGACCUUAUACAAAAGAAGGACGAGAUUGUAGCCAAAUCUUCAUCCCCUCCUAUGUAUUUCAAGUGUGACCUCCGUGAGCAUGUGCUGACACCAGAGUUCUUUGGGACUAAGUUUGACGUCAUUCUUGUGGACCCCCCAUGGGAAGGGUAUGUUCAUCGAGCUCCUGGUGUCACUGACCAUAUGGAGUACUGGGCAUUUGAAGAAAUAAUGAAUCUGAAGAUUGAGGCAAUAGCUGACACACCUUCUUUUAUUUUUCUCUGGGUUGGUGAUGGUGUUGGCCUUGAGCAGGGCAGGCAAUGUCUGAAGAAGUGGGGAUUUCGUAGGUGUGAGGAUAUAUGUUGGGUGAAGACAAACAAAUCUAAUGCAACUCCAGGAUUGCGCCAUGAUUCUCAUACUUUGUUUCAGCGCUCAAAGGAACAUUGCUUGAUGGGCAUAAAAGGAACUGUUCGUCGCAGUACCGAUGGUCAUAUAAUCCAUGCCAACAUCGACACUGAUGUGAUCAUUGCUGAGGAGCCUCCUUAUGGUUCAACAGAGAAACCUGAAGAUAUGUAUCGGAUAAUUGAGCAUUUUGCCCUAGGCCGCAGGAGGCUUGAGCUCUUUGGUGAAGACCACAAUAUUCGGUCUGGCUGGUUGACAGUUGGAAAAGAACUAUCCUCAUCAAAUUUUAAUGCUGAGGCAUAUAUCAGGAACUUUGCUGAUAAAGACGGGAAAGUUUGGCAGGGAGGUGGAGGACGAAAUCCACCGCCAGAAACAUCUCAUCUUGUUUUGACAACCCCUGAAAUAGAAUCUCUUCGGCCCAAGUCACCAAUGAAGAACCAGCAACAACAGCAGUCCACAUCUAUCUCUCUUACAGUUAAUAAUUCCUCCAGCAAAAUGCAAAUCGGAAAUUCACCCCAAAAUCACACUUUUAGCCUCAAUCAAGAUGCUUCGAGCUCAAUUUUCUCAAAUCCAGGUCCUUGGGCCUCACCAGCAGAGAGCUUUAAAGUACGAGAAGGUGGAAUUACAUCCGCUGAUGAUAGGCUUUUUGAUAUGUAUGGUUAUAAUCUUUCUAGUGGGCAGGCAAGCGCAGACUAUCAAGAUUAUGAAACUCAAACACCAUUGAAUUUGUAAAUGCUGAUAACUAGAGUUUUAAUUUUUUUUUUUCCUCGCCAGUAUAAAUGGAAAUGAAAUACACUUUAUGUGCAUA